CAGAGAGCAGAGCAGACACCGCGGAGACGGACCGCUCCUCCGCUCCUCCGUUCCUGACCCAGACACUGGAGGCGGCUCGGGGGCCGACACCGCGCUCUGGUCCCAUGGAGGCGGCCGUGCUGAGCCCCGCCGUCCUGCCCGAGCUGGACUGCAACAGCAACAGCCUGAGCGCCGAGCUGGAGGUGAAGAAGCUGCAGGAGCUGGUGCGGAGGCUGGAGCGGCAGAACCAGCAGCUGCGCAGCCGCGCCGGCGCGCCCCCGUCCCCGGGCUGCGGGCUCCGCGGGGCCGCCGGCCGCCGCCUCACCGGCCCGAUGACCGGCCCGAUGACCAGCCCCAUGCCCGGCUUAUUCUGCCCACCGUCCCUGAGAUCCUUCUCUCCAACGGACGAGCAUUUCGACUAUUUCCACCCGCACAGCCCCGGGGAUGGAGCCGCGUCUGCAGGGGAGGAGGAUGAGGAUGAGGAGGACGGAUCCGAACCGUCGGUCCUGGACGACCUGGAGCUUCUGGAUCUGGAAUACCUGAGCUGCACAGACGACUCUGAUGAAACCUGGUUGUACGAGACCCCCAGGUCCCGGGAGACGUCCAGCGAGGCCGUCCCCCCUCUGCAGUGGUGCCGGCAGGUCCUGGACAGCCCCCGGUCGGAGGUGGACGCCGCCAGGAGGAACCUGUCCCUCCGCGUGGAGCAAGUCUCCAGGUGGCGUAGUUCCCUGUCCUCCCCCUCUCCCUCCUCCUCCCCCGGCCCCCCCAUCAGCCGGGUCUCUGGACCGUCUCCCCUCAGCGCCUCGUCUCCUUCAGCCAAACACUUCUCCACUCCCCAGGGGCCUGAACGCUACGCUCCAUCCCUCUCCUCGCCUCUCCAUCCAGUCCUCCAUCGCACCCUCAGUCCCAUAGGGAAGGAUCUGUCCCCCGGCGCUGAGAGGACUCCCAUGUUCCUCCCUCAUCCAGCCAUCAGAAGCAGCAUCCUGCGUCGCUCCGCCUUCAGCUCGCAGUCGUCCCUGGACAGUGACCUGGAGGACGACUCCAUCAACCUGGGAUACAAACUUCAGGACCUCACCGACGUCCAGGUGAUGGCCCGGCUGCAGGAGGAGAGUCUAAGGCAGGACUACGCCAGCACGUCAUCGGUCCUGGCCAGCCGCCGCAGCCAGAGCUUCAACCUGCAGCUCAGCCAGCUCGGAGCCGGCCCCGGCCUGGAGGAGGAAGACGAGGAGGACGACGAAGACUACGGCCUCCUGCCGCCGCCGCAGCCGCGCCUCGCCCGCCUUCCGCACUCCCACACUUUCUCCAGCAUCCGAGACUGGCGAAGAAGCACCAGCUCCCUGUGCACCCCUCCUUCCACGCCCUCCACGUCCCCCUACCCCUCCGCCGGGUUCGCCUUCCAGGGUCAGCCCCCCCUGCAGCCGCUGGGACUGGGGCUGGGACUGGGCAGUCUCUGCGUGGCCGAGCAGCAGGCUUUCAGACCCGGUUCAGAUAAGUUGCGGAGGAGCAUGCCUAACCUCGUCAGAGCUCCCAGCAUGACCAGUGUGCCCAUCCCCACCAAUCCCAGCGCUUCCACAGCUUUGCUUCGUAACAGCCAGAGUUUUGACUCGUCCAGCAGUUUGGCCCGUCUCAACUCCUCCAUUCCCUCCCCAGGUCAACUUCAAAACAGGGUACAGAGCGUAGGGAACUUCUCCUCGCUGUCACGGCCGCCGCUGAAGGCCACGGCCUACGUCAGUCCCACCAUCAAGGGCUCGGGCGGCUCCAGCCUCCAGUCCCUGAGCGGAAGCAGCAGCAGCAUCCCCCUGCUCAGUAAAUCCCCCGUCUCCACCCCCAGCACGCCGCGCAGCAGCCUGCCCCGCCCUGCCUCCUUCGUGGCCACCACCAGCCCCGGCCCCCGCAGCAAGGUGGCCCAACCGGCACGAAGUUUACUGACACCUCCAAAGAGCUUGUCCACCCUCAGUGCCCUCCGUGACUGCGCGUGGAGAGACGGCUGCUACUGACGGCGGCGUUGCUGGAACCCCGCUGGCUGGGGGGCUCGCUGCACUCGGUCACAUCAACCCGGAGAAUAUGAGCGCUUUUGACCAAAAAGUGACUGAGACGACCUCGAGUCCGAGAUCCUUUAUAGUCCUCGAUGUCGUCUUUACGCAAACCCAUCUCUCUCUCUCUCAUUUUAUGCAGAAUUUCUUCGGAGAAGGCGGGUUAUCUGCUGGACGCGAGCGCUUUUACGGCUUUGCAAUCGCUGAAUCUGGUCCGUGCCAAGAGGGAGCUGUUCCCUGUUGCUAUCGUGCAAUAAACUUGUGGCAGAUGGUUCCCUGUAAACUAACCUGAGAUUAGAGGGCUGCCACUUUUAUAAGAUGAGCCUCUGAUAUUGUAAUUAUUUAUAUAUUUAUUUUAAAUAAAUCUAAACUAAUCAGGCGUGUUCAUCGUGACAAAGGGCGCCCCAAAGAUGCUGCUACAGUUAAUUCAGUCCCUGUUUGUUUUGGGCACACUUUGGUCUAAUUUUACAACAUGUUGAACUGUUUCUGUACUAAACUAACUACUGAGUGUGCACCCGUCUAUAAGUUGGUGCACUUUUAAAUGUAAUUUGACUGGAAAUGAAGAUAUGUUUGCGGAGCUGUGGCGGUGUCACCACUCUGCAUAUUAACUUAAUCUUGUUGCACUUUGUAUACGACUCACUGAAAUUUUGUUUUUACUGAUCUUUGCACUUCUGUAAUGUUUGGUUUCUGGGCUCGAAGGGUUGACACGGUGUUAAAUGUUCCUAGGAGGUGUACGUCAUGUUGCACUCUUUCACUUGUGGUUUUUAAUGAAUGUUGUGCCACAUCUCACACUCCUGACACUUUUCUUACUGUGAUGGACUGAAUGACUGAAGCAUUUUAAUAAAACCUAAUUAAACGGUUUGGUUUACUUUGA